GGCGUCCAGGCGGCGGCGGCGGCUGCGGCGGCGGCGGCUCCUCGAGAGUCCGGCUCAGGCUCCGGCUGCGGCUCCAGCCCGCGAUGCCCCAUUCCGUGACCCUGCGCGGGCCUUCGCCCUGGGGCUUCCGCCUGGUGGGCGGCCGGGACUUCAGCGCGCCCCUCACCAUCUCGCGGGUCCAUGCUGGCAGCAAGGCUGCAUUGGCUGCCCUGUGCCCAGGAGACCUGAUCCAGGCCAUCAAUGGCAAGAGCACAGAGCUCAUGACACACCUGGAGGCACAGAACCGCAUCAAGGGCUGCCAUGAUCACCUCACACUGUCUGUGAGCAGGCCUGAGGGCAGGAGCUGGUCCAGUGCCCCUGAUGACAGCAAGGCUCAGGCACACAGGAUCCACAUUGACCCUGAGAUCCAGGAUGGCAGUCCAAUAACCAGCAGGCGGCCCUCAGGCACUGGGACUGGGCCAGAAGAUAGCAGACCAAGCCUGGGAUCUCCAUAUGGACAACCCCCUCGCUUUCCAGUCCCUCACAAUGGCAGCAGCGAGGCCACCCUGCCAGCCCAGAUGAGCACCCUGCAUGUGUCUCCACCCCCCAGCGCUGACCCAGCCAGAGGCCUCCCGCGGAGCCGGGACUGCAGAGUCGACCUGGGCUCCGAGGUGUACAGGAUGCUGCGGGAGCCUGCCGAGCCCGUGGCCGCGGAGCCCAAGCAGUCAGGCUCCUUCCGCUACUUGCAGGGCAUGCUAGAGGCCGGCGAGGGCGGUAAGACGCCUGCCACCUGUCCCCACCUGCCUUCCCACUCCCUGCAGUGCCCAGGUUGCCCCCUAGCGACCCCACGUCCCGCCUCGCAGUCACCUGCCCUCCUCGGUCCCUGCGGCCCGGUCCCACGCCCUUGCUACACCCUUGCUACGCCCUGGCUUCCUGAUUCCCACUCCACCCCCUGUCGCUGCCCCUCACCCCACGCCCGCCAAACCCGUUCCCCAGUCUCGGGUGCCGAUGACCUGUCUGGCGCCCAACCAAACACCCCGCAGAAAUGGAGUUCUGACCUCCUCACCCCGUUCAUGCCACCUACGCUCCGGGUUUCAGGGGAUUGGCCCGGGCCUGGCGGCCCCCGGAACCUCAAGCCCACGGCCAGCAAGCUGGGCGCUCCGCUGAGCGGCCUGCAGGGGCUGCCCGAGUGCACGCGCUGCGGCCACGGCAUCGUGGGCACCAUCGUCAAGGCGCGGGACAAGCUCUACCAUCCCGAGUGCUUCAUGUGCAGCGACUGCGGCCUGAACCUCAAGCAGCGUGGUUACUUCUUUCUGGACGAGCGGCUCUACUGUGAGAGCCACGCCAAGGCGCGCGUGAAGCCGCCCGAGGGCUACGACGUGGUGGCGGUGUACCCCAAUGCCAAGGUGGAACUCGUCUGAGCUGGGACCCUGCUCGCACCCCUGCUUCUUAAGGUCCCUGCUCGGCCGGUGUAAAUAUGUUUCGCCCUGUCCCUCUAAUAAAGUUCCUCUGCUCCACCUUGAA